UGGGCGCUAAUACACAUCACGUCAUCACGCAGUAACUCCCGUACAGCAGGUGCUGCUGUUGCGCGUUUUGAAGAGAAGGAGGCGAAACAGGAAAAAAACGAAGAAGAAAGUACCAUCAAAAGCCUGAAAGGAUUCAAGCGAAGAAAGCAGCAGAAUUGUUUCAUUUUAUGAUCUGAUUGCCUCUUCACCUCCCACUGAGUGCUGCAGGACUGUUGGGAUUUUAUCUUUUCAUCCAACCUGCCAACAUGCCAGCUGCACUUGCAGAUUCCAGUCAGAUCAUCUGUGAAGUCUGGGCGAGCAAUGUGGAAGAAGAGAUGAGGAAGAUCAGACAGAUUAUCCAAAGCUAUAACUACGUUGCCAUGGAACUGUGGUGCUCCGAGACAGAGGAGAAGGAGACCCUGUGUAAGACAUCACCAGCUGUUGAGAGCUCCAGCUGUGCUGCAGACUAUGUUGAGGACACAGAAUUCCCUGGGGUUGUCGUGCGGCCAAUCGGAGAGUUUCGCAGCACGGUAGACUACCAGUACCAGCUGCUGAGGUGCAACGUGGACCUCCUGAAGAUCAUCCAGCUCGGACUCACGUUCCUGAAUGAGGACGGUGAUUAUCCUCCGGGCACAACGACAUGGCAGUUUAACUUCAAAUUCAACCUCACAGAAGACAUGUAUUCACAGGACUCCAUAGACCUGCUGCAGAACUCUGGCCUUCAGUUCAAGAAGCACGAAGAAGAAGGGAUCGACACGCUGUACUUUGCUGAGCUCCUCAUGACGUCCGGCUUGGUCCUUUGUGAAAAUGUCAAGUGGCUCUCCUUCCACAGCGGUUACGACUUUGGCUAUCUGGUAAAGCUUCUGACGGACGCUCGGCUUCCCGAGGAGGAGCACGACUUCUUUCAGAUCCUCAACUUGUUUUUUCCUGCAAUCUACGACGUCAAGUACCUUAUGAAGAGCUGCAAAAGUCUCAAGGGAGGCCUGCAGGAAGUAGCCGACCAGUUGGAGCUGAAGAGGAUUGGACGACAGCAUCAGGCCGGAUCAGACUCGCUGCUCACAGGGAUGGCGUUCUUCAGGAUGAAAGAGCUUUUCUUUGAAGACCACAUCGACGACGCCAAGUACUGUGGGAGAUUGUACGGGCUCGGCUCUGGAUCCAGCCAGCCACAGAACGGGAUGUCCGGAUCGGGUCAGGAGGAGACCAACAACAAACACUGAGUGGCCGCUCGGCUUCGCUUGCUUUUAAAAAUCCACCAGCAGAUUUCUGCUCUCAUGUUCUCCAACAGGACUCUGAACAUAUCUGAGCGACUUUCCCAGCGGACUCGCAGCGAGAACAGAUCCUUCAGUGGCCGACUCGUUUCUUCCCAUGUCACUUUUAACAGAGUCUUAGGCCAAACAAGUCGGGUCAGUUUUUUUUUUAAAACAUGUCUGUUUUUACAGCGUGGGACCAGCUCCUGACAUCCUGGGAUUUUAAAGACUCCUCCCCUUUGAUUAUUCUAAUCAGACUGCCCCCCCCCCCCCCCCACUCCUCUUUCUUUUCCUCUACAGGGAUUUAUUUUUUUAAGUUGUUGCUGGAAGGGCCUGUAAAUUAAAAAUGUAUAAUUUCAACAAAAAUAAAUGUUUUAGCUCA